AUGGACGAGGAGGUUGAGGAGACGUUUGGCUUUGGGUCGAGCCCCUUCCACUUGGGCAACGCAGGUGGUGUGGCACAGACGGAGGUUGAGGAUCAGGGUAGCAAGAACGAGGAAGUACGGUUGCGUCGACGACAGCCUGGUGUGGUAGCUGCGGUGGCUGCGGAUGAUGAUGAUGCUUCGGACGAGGACCACGAUCAACAAGAUACCACGAGUGAUGCGCGCAGCUCAUCCAUCCACUCGAGAAACAUGGAUGUCGCUGGGGACACGGACUCCACCCUAUCGGCAGCAACCACGCUAUCGUCUUCUUCCUCCUCCAAAAGACAACACGACAUCUCCCUUCCCACAAUGCAAGAGGUCUUCUUGGAUGUGGGCAUUGGUCAAAUUCGAAAGGCGGGGUGGCUUCGGAAACGCACCGGAGACAGCAACGAUCACAAUAACGUGUUUGCGCGCAAAGCGUGGAAGAGCAGGUGGUUUGACCUGCGCGAUACAAUUCUCAAGUAUUACAAAACUGCACAUCCUUCCCCUCGUGACAAGCCAUUGGCGUACAUCAACGUCGGUGCCAACUGCUUUGUGGACUACAAGCCGCUGUCCACUCGCUUUGCAAUCACCACGCCAAAGCGCACGUACUUCCUGCAGGCAGCCUCUGUCGCGGAGGCGAGCGAGUGGGUUGGUGCCAUCACCAACUGCAUCAACACGUCCGAGCUCGACAUGACGCACUGA